UUCUUGGACGUAUGACCGCUUCGUUGAGGCAAGACAAAAUUAUCAACAAGUGACUACACGAAAUUUGCAGCAAUGGGCUUUAGCUCCAGCCAGCCAGUUUCCUAAUCUUCAAUUUACAGCGUCCGACCCAUGGGUAAAAAAAUUUAAACAAAGACACAACAUUCGUCAACGCAAAAUUACAAAAUUUGUAACAGACAAAGAAGUUCACACCAUGCCAGAAAUUAUCGCCUCUGCAGAAAUGUUUCGCAUUCAAACAAAACAAUUGAUAUCUAACUUCGAUAGUGACUUCGUUAUUAAUACAGAUCAAACAGGAUGUCAAUACCAAUCAAUGUUUAAUAGGACACUGACGGAAAAAGGAAGCAAAACAGUGUUUGCAAAAGUACAAGACAUGACCAAGGUGUCACACUCAUAUACUGCACAAUAUAGCAUAACAUUAUCUGGAAAAUUACUACCACAUGUUUUUAUUUGUUUGCAAGAGCCUACAGGUGAUUUUGGGCCAAGAAUAAAGAAAAACGUAGAAGAAUAUUUAAAAAAAUACAAAAAUGUUAUUGUCACAUCAUCAAAAUCAGGAAAACUGACAACUACUCUCUAUAAAAAUUUUCUAGAGAAAUGUUUAAUGCCAUAUGUUCAAAAAAAUAAAUUUCUUUUAAUUAUUGACUCGUGGACAGGACAAGUGAAGCCAGAAUUAUAUGAUGAAAUAUUUCAGGAUGAUAAAAAAAUGCCUACAUGCACAUUUAAAGUUAUACCUCCAAAAUGUACUCCGUUAGUUCAACCAUGUGAUGUCUAUUUCUAUAGACAAGUGAAAAAUUUUAUCAAACGAUUGCAAAGUACCUCUGAACUUCUAGACAAGAAUUAUGAAAUUCAUUCCCGAGAGGAUUGCAUAAAAAUUCAUUCGAUUAUUCAUCACCAAUUGUCAGCGCCAAUAUUUCGAGACAUGAUGGAAUAUGCCUGUGCUGGGUAA